UCCUCUCGCAAAAAUGGCCGUCGACACAGCUAACAAUCAGCUAGGUCUGUAUUUCUUCAUAAUUAUUAUCUUGCUGUUUCGGGAAAGUCCAAUUGCAAAUGCCUUAUCCUUCAACUUUUCCAGUUUCAGUUCUAACGAUGAUAACAUUACAUACGAGAGAGCUUUCCCUCAAAACCAAGUUAUUCAACUAGCCUCAAAAACUGCCAUGAUUGGCAGGGCAACAUACUUCCAACCUAUGCGCCUUUGGCACAACGCCACCGGAAGACUCACUGACUUCGCCACUCAUUUCUCUUUCGUUAUUGAUUCUGAUAACAGAACCUCGUAUGGAGAUGGUAUCGCCUUCUUUCUCGAACCGCAAGGAUCAAAGAUUCCAAUAGGCGCCACCAAAGGAGGUUCCCUUGGUCUUACGAAUGAUGGCCAGGAAUUAAAUUCAACAUCCAAUUCAUUCGUUGCAGUGGAAUUCGAUAUCUAUAGGAACCCCUGGGAUCCACCUGAGGAACAUGUGGGUAUCAACAUCAACUCCAUGAGCUCAGUCAGCAACAUCACAUGGUGGGGUAAUAUCAGCAUCAGAGAUGGGCGAACGACCGAAGCAUGGAUAAAUUAUAAUGCUAGUACUCGAAAUUUGAGUGUUGUGUUCACGGGCUUUAGAGAUAAUGCCACUGUGAUGCAGUCCAUUGAUUUCGAAGUCGAUUUAAGUCUUUAUUUACCUGAGUUGGUUACUUUUGGCUUCUCUGCAGCCACUGGAAAUGCAUCUGCAAUACAUACUAUUAACUCUUGGCAGUUCAAUUCAAGCUUAGAAAUUGAUGAUGAUUCCAAUAGUCCAUCAACACCAACAAACGGAAGUUCCACUGCUAAAAAGAUAGGACUGGCAGUGGGGUUGAGUAUCGGUGGAGCUGUCUUGGCUGUAGGGUUGAUCAUGGUUUGGUUUCAUGGUCGGAAGAAAGAAGACCACCAAGAAGACAGAGAAGAUGACAAUGGCUUCAACAACAUGGAUGACGAAUUCGAAAAAGAAACGGGACCCAAGAAGUUUUCCUACAAGGAAUUGGCAGCUGCAACAAAUGAUUUCAAAGAUGAGCACAAGUUAGGACAGGGGGGAUUCGGUGGGGUAUACAAAGGAUUUUUGAGGGACACCAACUCUUAUAUUGCAGUUAAGAAGGUGUCCAAAGAGUCUCAACAGGGGAUAAAGGAGUAUGCAUCAGAAGUGAAAAUCAUUAGCAGAUUGAGACAUAGAAAUUUAGUUCAACUUCUUGGUUGGUGCCAUGAAAAAAGGGAACUCCUCCUUGUUUAUGAAUUCAUGCAUAAUGGUAGCUUAGACUCCCAUCUUUUCAAUGAAAACAGUUUGUUGGCGUGGGGGAUGAGAUACAAAAUAGCCCAAGACUUGGCCUCGGGAUUGUUAUACCUGCAUGAAGAAUGGGAACAAUGUGUUGUGCAUAGGGAUAUAAAAUCAAGCAACAUUAUGUUGGACUCAAAUUUCAAUGCCAAGAUUGGAGAUUUCGGAUUAGCGAGGCUUGUUGAACACUCCAAAGGGUCACAAACCACAGUUUUGGCAGGAACAAUGGGCUACAUAGCUCCCGAAUGUGUCACAACAGGCAAGGCGAGCAAAGAAGCAGAUGUUUAUAGUUUUGGAAUUGUAGCUUUGGAAAUAGUUUGUGGAAGAAAACCGAUCAACCCAAAAGCAAAAGAAGGACAAAUCUAUAUGGUGCAGUGGGUUUGGGAGCUGUAUGGAAGCGAAAAGUUACUUGAAGCGGCUGAUCCAAGACUGAGUAAAGAGUUUGAUGAGCAACAAUUGAAGCGGUUGAUGAUUGUUGGGUUGUGGUGUGCCCACCCGGAUGAGAACCUCAGGCCUUCAAUAAGGCAGGCCAUUCAUGUGCUAAAUUUUGAAGCUGAAUUGCCAAUUCUCCCACCGAAAAUGCCUGUGCCGACAUACUUUUCUCCUCCAUUGAAUGUGAUCAUGCUUUCAAAUGGUGCCACUGAUACUUCAACAAGCCAAAAUCAAUCUUCCAGCUAUAGUUACAGCACCAAUUCAUCACAGUUAACCUCAUCUUCUGUAGCCUCUGCUUCAGCAUCCCUUUUGUACACUCACUAAAUUUAUUUGAUACUUAUUUGAUUUUAAUUUCUUCCUUUCAUCCCGAAAAAAAACCUUCAUUCUAGGUUCUUGAAUUAUCACUUCGUGUAUUGAGGUCAUGGAUUCCAUGUAAGUUUGUUUCUGAGUUUCGAUUAGGAUACACAUGUUACAAUUGCAAAGGCCCUUGUAUUGAAUUAAUGGCUUAAUUAAUUGUUGUAGAGGGAGACAUUAGCUUCAAGUUAAUGUAGGCUACAUGUCAGUACCAAUUAAUUAAGUUACUUUCCGUAACAGCAACUUAUGCGAAGGCAUAAUUUCUUCCUAAAUUUUUUAAUUAAUUUUCUUUAUCUA